AUGAUAAAAAAGGUAAAGAAAGAUAAUAUUUUUUUUACAUUUUACAAAAGAGGAAUCUUUACACCAAACCAAAUAAAUAUAACAAAAUUAUCUACAAAGUGUUUAAGUAACUAUGCAUUUGAUAUUUUAAGAUUAUCGAGAGAAAACAAGGAAUUAUAUGAAAGCUUUAAAAAUAGAAUAAAUAAUGAAAUAAAUUUAUUAGAUGCAAAAGAUUGCUAUAGAAUAUUAAAGUCACUUGAGAUAACUAAAAGGCUAGAUGAAGAAGAUUUAUUGAAAAAUAUUUUAAAGCAAAUAUCAAUUCAAACUUGUAAUUAUUCUAUAAAGGAAAUAUGCGAUAUUUCCUUUUUAUGUUCUAAAUUAAAUUUAAUAUAUAUUCCCUUAUUUGCAUCAUUAUCUAUUUCUUUUUUAAAUAAAAUAAAUUUAGCUACACCUGAGAAUUUAUCAACUAUUUGUUUGAGUUUUUGCAAAAUUCAAAUAAAAGAUAUAAAUUUAUUUAAUAGAAUAGCAGUUGCAACAUUAAAUAUAUUGCAUCUAUUUGAUAUAGAAAGUUUAAUAAAUGUAUUGAUUUCAUUUAGUUAUUUAGAUAUAAAAAAGGAUCUUCUAUUAUAUUCAUCUGUAGAUAUUUUCAUUAAAAAUCAAAACAAAUUAGAUGCAAACCAACUAGUAAAAGUAGCAUAUAUUUAUUCAAAAUUCAAUUUAAUAAUUAAUGAUAUAAAUUUAAUUCUUCAAGAUAAAUUACCUUUAUAUAUUUCUUCAUUAAGUAAUAUACAAUUAUCUGAACUAAUAAUUUCUUUAAAUAAAUUAUGUAUUAACUAUUAUCCCAUAAAUAAAUUUUUUACCAAUGUGAACUUGUUAAAUUUAAAAUUCACUAUAGCUAUAAAAGUUAUAAAUGCCUUAUCUCAACUGAAUAAUAUUAACAUAGAAUUCAAAUAUGAUGAAAUAUUUUUUUGUAUUAAUAAUUUUAUUUUAAUUCAUGGUAAAAAUAAAGACUUGAAUAUCGAUGUGUAUAAAAAUCUUCUAAAAAAUUUUAAUUUAACACAUAACAUAAAAAAUAAUAAUAAUAUUUUUAAUAGAAAAAGUGAUAUAAAUAACUCUUGUGAAUUGAAAAAUUUAGAUAACAAUUUAUCAGAUAAUGAUUUAAUAUGUGAUAACUUAUCUGAAGAUAAUUUAUAUGAAAAUAAUUUAAAUGAUGAUAAAAUAAAUAAAGUUUGUUCUAACAGUAUUAGUCUUAAUAAAAAUUCCAUAAAAAAUUAUUAUUAUUAUUAUUAUAAUUUAAAAAGUAAAUUAAAACCAGAUUCUGUUUGUUAUCUAAGUGUUGAUAUAUUUGAAUCAUUAUGCAAUUUUUUAGUAAAAAAUAAAAUUGUUGAUUUUGAAGAAAAGUUAAAAUUAUAUUUAAAUUAUAUAAGUAAAGAAAUAAUUUUUUUAAAAGACUACAUCAAUUUUAAUUGUUUAAUAAAAAUUUUUUCGUCUUUAUUAAAAACUCCCAUAAUAUGGAAUUUAUCUUUUUUAGAUUUUAAUUCAAUAAAUUCAUCUGAAGAAAAUUUUUUAUUUUAUAUAGAUGGAAAAAGUAAUUUUUAUGAAGAAUUAUUGAAAAGAUAUUUGAGUAUUUUCAAUACUUCUGAAAAUCCAGAUAAUCAUAGUACAAUAUUAUGUUCAAUAAUUAAUUUAUACAAAAUUAAUGAAAAAAAAAAAUAUAACAUUUUAUUUGAAAAAUGUUUAAAACACUACUCGUUAAUAAAUCAAAAAAAAAAAAAUAAAAAUUCCCAUUAUAUAUUAGAAGAGCAUAUUAUAUAUAAUUAUACAGAAUAUCAUUAUAAAAAUAUUCAUUUGUGGAAUUUAAGUAAGUAUGAUUGCAUUUUUGGCUUAAAUACUAAAUGUGAUGAUAUCAAUUAUUCUAGUGAUUUUACUAAUUGUGAUUAUUUGGAUAGAUAUCAUAUUUUAUAUUCUUUAAAAGAUACUAUACCUAAUAAAAUAUUGUCAUUAGAAUUAUUUAAUAUCAUUCACAAUUUUACAAAAAAUGUAAAAAUUAAUUUUAGAGAUAAUAUAUAUUAUAUUUCAUUGGUAGAGUGUGAUAAUUAUAUAGCUUAUUUAUUUUUACAGCCAGAAGAUUAUUUUUAUUCUUCCAAUGAACAUAAAGAAUUAAAGUUAAUUAACAAAGUAAGAAAAAAUAAAGAUAAUAAAAAUCACGAAAAUUCAAUAAUUUUAAUUAAUGAUAUUUUAUAUGAUCCUUAUGAAGUCUUUUAUAAUGAGAACUAUUUUAUUAAAUCAGAAAUAUUAGUUAAAAUAAAUUAUUUAUUAAUAAAAGGGUAUAAUAUAGUUGCAAUUCCUUUUUAUACUUGGAGGUGUAUGAGUUAUGAAAAUAAACAUAAAAAUAUUCAAACUCUUCGGAAUAGUAUCUUGAAUAACUAA